UCCUGAGUUCAACUGUGAGAAAUAUGGGAGACGACAGGCCGUUUGUGUGCAGUGCCCCAGGCUGCGGACAGAGGUUUACAAAUGAGGACCACCUGGCGGUUCAUAAACUCAAGCACGAAAUGACAUUGAAAUUUGGUCCUGCCAGAACGGAUUCAGUCAUCAUAGCAGAUCAGACUCCGACGCCAACCCGUUUUCUGAAGAACUGCGAUGAAGUUGGCCUCUUCAAUGAGUUGGCUAGCUCAUUCGAGCAUGACUUCAAGAAAGCCACAGAAGAUGACGAGAAAAAGGCAAGAUCAUGUCCUGGACCCCUGGAUAUGUCUCUGUCCUCUGCCCCCUCUUCCCCAGACAUCAAAAUAAAAGAGGAAGAGCCGGUGGAAGUAGACUCGUCCCCUUCUGACAGUCCAGUGGCGAGUCCACGGACACCACAGAUCAAGGAGAAGGAGAGUGCUUCCAAGCCUGUUAUCAUUUCCACUCCUACUCCAACCAUCGUGCGACCUGGGUCGCUUCCGCUGCACAUGGGGUAUGAUCCUCUCCACCCCACUCUUCCUUCACCGACUUCGGUCAUCACCCAGGCUCCACCUUCCAACAGGCAGCUCGGGUCUCCAACCGGCUCCAUGCCGCUCGUCAUGCAACUUGUGAACGGGCAGACCAUGCCCGUCCUUCCUGGCCCUCCCAUUCAGAUGCCUUCUGUCAUAUCGCUUGCAAGGCCGAUGUCUGUAGUGCCAAACAUUCCCGGUAUUCCUGGUCCUCCAAUUGUCGGCAGCGGCUCCAUUUCACCUUCAGGCCUUCCAAUGCACUCAGAAGCGAAAAUGAGGUUGAAAGCUAGCCUGACUCAAGGAGUGACUUCCUCCCUGAACGGCAGCAACAUGAUGGUCGGGUCGGCUAGCACAAUGGUGACAUCUCGUCCUGAACAGGGUCAGAUACUUAUCCAGCACCCUGACGCACCAUCUCCCGCACAACCACAGGUUUCCCCAGCUCAGCCCACACCCAGCACUGGCGGCCGACGGAGACGCACGGUGGAGGAAGAUCCAGAUGAACGAAGGCAACGUUUCUUGGAGAGGAACCGCGCUGCAGCCUCCCGCUGCCGUCAGAAACGCAAGAUCUGGGUGUCUUCCUUGGAGAAGAAGGCCGAGGAGCUCACAACGCAGAACAUCCAACUAAGCAAUGAAGUCACACUAUUAAGGAACGAAGUUGCUCAACUCAAACAGCUACUGCUGGCUCACAAGGACUGCCCGGUCACUGCAUUACAGAAGAAAACGCAAGGCUAUCUCGAAAGCCCAAAGGAGAGCUCCGAGCCUACCGGUUCCCCGGCUCCCGUCAUCCAGCACAGUUCUCUGACCGCCUCCUCCAACGGGCUGAUAGUCCGCUCCGCCGCCGAAGCCGUCGCCACUUCAGUCCUCACCCAGAUGGCCAGCCAAAGGACAGAACUGGGCGUGCCCCUGCAGCCGCACGUCAUUAUGUCCCCGCAGUCCCAGUCUGCGGGCAGAUGAUGUCUCAAGCCACGUGACAUAGAACUAACCAAUAAGAACUUGCAGCCGGAGAGACUGAUCCAUAACUAAGCCCCUCGAUCAAUAUGGGGUGGAUACCGUUUUUUGUUUUCGCUUCUUCUUUUUUGGUUAAAGGUGAGUUAAGGGCAGCUA